GAUGAGAAGAACGAGGAGAUGACGACGAGAGUUUACCUGAACCUGAGCUGGCGCGACCCCCGCCUGGCCUGGGACCCGCGGCAGCACCCAGGGGUGGCGGCGCUGCGGCUGCCGGCGCAGAACAUCUGGCUGCCAGAUGUGGGGCUGGACAACAACAACGACGGCGAGUUCGGGGUGUCCCUCGGGGUUCGGGCCAGCGUCGCCCCCGACGGCGCCGUCACCUGGAGACCCCCGGCCCUGCUGCGCAGCCGCUGCCCCAUCCGGCCCACCUGUCUCACCUGUCCAUGUCUCACCUGUCCAGGUGAGAGGAUGUCGCUGUCCCUCUUUGCUCUGCUCACCUUGACCGUGUUCCUGCUGCUCCUGGCCGACAAGGUUCCGGCCACGUCGCUGCAGGUGCCGCUCAUCGGCCGAUACCUGACGGUCACCUUGGUGCUGCUGGCGCUGGUGGUGGCGCUCAGCGUCGGCGUGCUCAACCUGCACCACCGCUCACCUGGGACGCAUCACCUGCCCGGCUGGGCACGACAGGUGGGCGCGACAGGUGAGGGGGGACCUGGAAAUGCAAAAAAUCCCAAAAAAAUCCCCAAAAAAAUGAUCGAAAUAGGGCAAAAAAUGGCCGAAAUAGAGCCAAAAAUGGCCGAAAUCGACCCAAAAAUGGCUGAAAUCGACCCCAAAAUGGCCGAAAUCGACGCAAAAAUGGCCAAAAUCGACCCAAAAAUGGCUGAAAUCGACCCAAAAAUGGCCGAAAUCAACCCAAAAAUGACCAAAAUGGACCCAAAAAUGACCGAAAUCGACCCAAAAAUGGCCGAAAUCGACCCAAAAAUGACCAAAAUCGACCCAAAAAUGGCCGAAAUCGACCCAAAAAUGGCUGAAAUCGACCCAAAAAUGGCUGAAAUCGACCCAAAAAUGGCCAAAAUCGACCCAAAAAUGGCUGAAAUCGACCCAAAAAUGGGUCAAAAUCGACCCAAAAAUGACCAAAAUGGACCCAAAAAUGGCCGAAAUCGACCCAAAAAUGACCAAAAUGGACCCAAAAAUGGCCGAAAUCAACCCAAAAAUGGCCGAAAUCGACCCAAAAAUGGCCGAAAUCAACCCAAAAAUGGCCGAAAUCAACCCAAAAAUGCUCGCGCCGAUGACGUCUACUUCCUGCGACGCCCCGCCCCCUCCGAGCUGGCCACGCCCCCUCCGGAACAAGCCACGCCCCGCGCCGGAGCGACCAAUCAGCAUUCGGGGCUGGCCACGCCCCACGCCGGAGCGACCAAUCAGCAUUCGGGGCUGGCCACGCCCCACGCCGGAGCGACCAAUCAGCAUUCGGGGCUGGCCGCGCCCCUUUCUGGGGUGGCCACGCCCCCUUUUCCGGUGGCCACGCCCCCUUUUCCGGUGGCCACGCCCCCCCCGGAGCUGCGGCGGGCGGCGGCGGCGGCGGCCGAGAUCGCGCGGGCGCUGCGGGAGCGGCGGCGGCGGCAGCAGGUUUACGCAGACUAUAUGAAGAUUCAGACACAAAUAUGUGAACCAUAUGCAAAUUUAUGCAAACUACAUGCAGAUUCAUAUACAUAUAUGUGA